AUGCUAGUUGUGGGACUCACUGGUGGUAUUGCUAGCGGUAAGAGUACUGUUUCUAGACGGUUACAGGAGAAUCACAAGCUACCAAUUGUAGAUGCAGAUAAGAUUGCCAGAGACGUGGUAGAACCAGGGCAAACUGCGUACAAGCAAAUAGUUAGUUAUUUCGAGGGAAAGGUACAGAAUUUACUGCUAGAGGAUGGUCAUUUGAAUAGACCUGAAUUAGGCAAAUGGGUUUUCAGUCAUCCUCAGGAUUUGAAAGUAUUGAAUAAGAUCACCCAUCCUGCUGUAAGAUACGCGAUCUUUAAAGCUUUAGGAUAUUAUUAUAUAAGAGGGUAUCGAAUGUGUGUGCUAGAUGUUCCCUUGUUAUUUGAAGCUCACAUGGAUACAAUAUGUGGUGUCACCAUUAGCGUUGUUUGUGAUCGCUCCACUCAAUUGGAAAGGUUACAAGUUAGAAAUGUAGGAAUGACGUUGGAGGAGGCUGAAAAUAGAAUUAAGUCCCAGAUGUCUACAGAGGAGAGAAUUAUCAGAUCUGACUAUGUCCUGGAAAAUAAUGGCACGCUACUUCAUCUCUAUGAUCAAAUUAAUGAUGUCGUGAAAACGAUUCAACCCACUUUUAUGAGGACGUCCUUGGAAUAUUUCCCACCUUUUGGUGCUGUGAGUGCUACUGCCGUGAUAUUGUCAAGAAUGAUAAGUUCCAAAUUCCAACAGAAGAAGCGUGAACAAUAA